AUGACCGGCUUGGGUGAAAAAGUUUCAACAAUAACAACAACACCUACGAAUACACCGUGGAGUUUUAGUUCUAUCCUGAAUGGAAUAUCAGAGUAUAGAAAGAAACUUAACUUGCCCAAUCCGGGCACUUUUGAAGGUCUCCAUAAAGAGGUUAAAGCCACUUUUCUGACGAAUCACUUGUUUGAUGGAGGUAGAGCUGACGUUACAAAGGUUCUAUCGCAACAUCUUCAAGUGACCCAUUCGUUCUCGAUGGGUUCAACAAUAUCUCCUCCAAUGUAUAAUUUUGGGGCUGCUUUCAUUGAAGGAAACUUGACCGCACGCAUGAAUUAUGCAUGGAAUGCAAAUAAUAUAACAAAACUUCAGGCUCAUAUAUCACCAUCACCAGGGCAUUCAAUGCUUCAAUUAGAACAAGAUUAUCAGGGAUCGGAUUAUUCUAUAAAUUGUAAAACUAUUAAUCCUUCGCCGGUUGAAAAUACUGGGAUUUUUAUUCUCAGUUACUUUCAAUCUGUAACACAAAAAAUAGCAUUGGGAGUUGAAAAUGUAUAUCAGAAGCCAACUCCUGAUAUUGAAGAAACCACCAGAUCUUUGGUAGCAAAAUAUACCGGGAAAGAUUGUAUUGCAACUUUGCAUUGGCAAGAAAUGGGUGCUUUUCAAGCAUCAUACUAUCAAAAGAUCAACGAAAAAGUAGACUUUGGAACAGAAUUACAAAUACUUGCCGCAUCAGGCCGGAGAGAAGCGGUUUGCACAGUAGGUGGUAAAUUCGAUUUUCGAGCCGCUACUUUCAGAGGCCAGAUUGAUACAACAGGACGCGUAUCAGCCGUCAUAGAGCAAAAAAUUGCCCCGGGAUUCAGCUUUAUUAUCACCGGCGAUAUCGAACACAUGAAGAGCACAGCAAGAUUUGGUGUAGGAAUUCAAUUGGAAGCAUAG